UACCUAACCCGCUGGGUUUGGCAGAAACACGGGACUGUAGUUUCAAACGCCAAAAAGCCUCCCCUACCUGCCUCAGUUCUCCUCCCCACCCUUCUACCCCCAGCAAAUCACCACCAGCCUUUACUCCUGGCCUCAGGCAGCCGUCUGGGCAUGCGCUUUUAAAGCCAACCUCGCCUCCUUUUUAAUCGGCCGCAUCCAGGACCCGCCCACCUCCGUCGACGACCAAUCAUUGGGGAGGAGGGCGUGUCCGCCACGCGAGUGGGCGGUGCUUGAGGGUAGUCCAGAGUCUGGAGUCGUGCGCCGGAGUCAGAACUGCGUCUUCCGAGCCGGGCGCCGGUUGCCGGUGGAGAGUGAGCGAGCGAUGCUGCCGCCGCCACUUCCUGAUUGGCUGCAGGUGGCUACGUCUUCGUUCUGAUUGGCAGCGAGUGAGCUGGAUGAUGCUGAGCAAGGGUCUAAAGCGCAAGCGGGAGGAGGAAGAGGAGGAGGUGGCAGAGAAGGAAACCCUGACAGUGGAUGCCUGGUGGCUGGACUCGGGCCCCCCAGCUGUGACACAAGCCCCUCCAGCUGUGGCCUCCAGUUCCCUCUUUGACCUCUCCGUGCUCAAGCUUCACCACAGCCUGCGGCAGAGCGAACCUGACCUAAGACACCUGGUGCUGGUGGUGAACACCCUGCGCCGGAUCCAGGCUUCCAUGGCCCCCUCUGCUGCCCUACCCUCUGUGCCCAGCCCACCCCCAGCCCCCAUGGAGACCGAUAACUUGCUGGCCAGCUCGGAUGCUGCCCUCUCAGCCUCCAUGGCUGGCCUCCUGGAGGACCUUAGCCAUAUCGAGGGACUGAGUCAGGCCCCACAGCCCCUUCCAGAUGAGGGGCCCCCAGGUCGCCCCAUGGGCGGAGCCCCAGCAGGUUUGGGUGCCUUGGACCUACUAGGCCCAGCCACAGGCUGUCUGUUGGACAAUGGACUGGAGGGCCUGUUUGAAGAUAUUGAUACUUCCAUGUAUGAUAGUGAACUCUGGGCACCAGCCUCCGAGGGCCACAAACCAGGCUCUGAGAAUGGGCUGGAGAAGGAGGAAACUCCGGUGUUGGAUGAGGCUGAGCUGGACUACCUCAUGGACGUGCUGGUGGGCACACAGGGGCUGGAGCGCUGACCCCAGGGCUGGGACAGUUGUCUGAGCUGAGUCUGGUGGUGAGCCCUUCCUAGAGACACACGGCUGGCUUCCCCGGCGCAGAGGAUGGGGCCUGGCCAUAUAGGAGAGACAGAAUCGGUCCCUGGGCAAGUUCGCAUCCAUCCUCUUGUCUGGGGCUGAAGGAGGAGUGGAACAGGCCCCUACUGAUGAGUGACAGGACCUGGUUAUUGACAUGCUUGGCCCAGGCCCUGCCUGUGCUAGACUGAAUUUCCUGGGGUAAUAACCCUGGCUUUUCCUUCCCCGAUGUGGGAAAAGAUCUCAACUUAUUUUUUUGGUUUUGAAAUUAAAAGCAUUCUUGAGAAAUCU